GUUUCAACCGUUCAGCUCACCGCGCGCAACCAAUCGAUCAGCUAGCGAGUUCGUCCCGUCCGUCCGUGUUCAACCUCAAGCGUGUUCGACGAGAAACUAACCGACAUCGAUCAAUGGCGGCAGUAAAGGAGGGAGCCGACGCCGGCGACAGCAAGAUCCUUCUGAUCAGCUCGGACGGGCAGCACUUCCAGGUGACGGAGGCGGAGGCGAGCAUGUCGAAGCUAGUGAGCAACAUGAUCGAGGACGGCUGCACGGAGAACGGCGUCCCUCUCCCCAACGUCGCCUCCAACGUCCUCGCCAAGGUGCUCGAGUACUGCAAGAAACACGCCGCCGCCGCCGCUGCCGAGGACGUCGCCGUGAAGGAUCAGGAGCUGAAGAGCUUCGAUGCCAGCUUCAUCGAUGUCGACAACACGAUGCUGUUCAACUUGAUCUUGGCCGCCAACUACUUGAACGUGCCGUCUCUACUUGAUCUUGCGUGCCAACACACGGCUGACUUGAUCAAGGGCAAGACGGUACAGGAGAUCAGGGACAUGUUCGGGAUCGUCAACGACUUCACACCAGAGGAGGAGGAGGAGAUCCGCAAGGAGAACGAAUGGGCCUUCGAGAACUAGAGUUUUAGAUAUUAAUUUGUCACGUGUUAUUUAAUAUUCCCGCUGUUUUAUA